AUGUCCACCGACGUCCUGUCACAUUUUGGGGGUCUUGACGAGCUCAUACAAGUUAUAUACCAGGGCCUUGAUCGUUUUGUCGCCCUCUCACAAGUAACGGAAUCCGCAUGGUCGAUUUACCUAGGGCUCAAGGGACCCGAGGGCAGGUGGUGGCGAGGCUCGUGGUCAGCCAAACAUAUCCUUAACAUCACCGGUGUUCAAUCAGGCCCUCAAAUACUUGAGAACUUUGCUGAAAAGCUUCGGACGACCUUUGUAAAUGGUGACCUUGCGAUUGGAGAAUGGACUGAGAAGGACUCGGACAUCAACCUCACUUUUGGGCAAACCGCCAAGCAUCCACUCCCCAUGACUCUGAAAGAAUUACCCGCAGCUGAAGCUGCAUCGCAUGCAACUGCGGUGUUCACCGAAAUUGCACUACAAGCUCAGUCCCGCAAAUGCCAGCUAAACCCCACUUUUUCGUCCCGCAAUGCAAGCGUUAACCCGGAGUCAUCCCACACUAAUUCAGGUUUGCCGCGUUCCUUGUUGCGCACACGCACGAGCCUCGAUCAGGGCGCUGCCCCUGUUGUCAAUCAGGCAGCCGAACGGAAAAUCAAAGCUCUCGAGGCGAAACUUGCCCGUACAAAGGAAAUAUCGCCAUCAGCUGAUACAACGUCUAAACCUUCUGCAAACUCCCGACCUCCAAAAGGCGCAUCUUUGGCCAACCCAAAUAAAAAGGCAAGGAAGUACCAAGCCCUCGAAUUCGAGAGUGAUGAAGACUAA